GAACACCGGAAGAAGAAGCUGAACGAAUACAGUUGGCUGUUCCACACCUGGUUUAAUUCAAUGAGGCUUAACAAGUUAAAAUUGAUGCUUGUUCGCAACUAAACUAAAUACUUACACUAUUCGAUCAGAACAUUUGGGCCUGAAAGGUGACGAGCUGGCGCAAGUUGUGGGUUGUCCGUGGACAAUGAGAGACAGUGGUGGGAGCCUGGCCCAGAAUCGCUGGCAGGGAGACCUGGGCUUGACUGCUGUGGGGGAGAACAGCACUGGAGGAGGUGGGAACAGGAAUGGUGGUGGAAUUCCUGGAGACCACCUCAUCGUUCCAGUGUCAGACCACGGAGUAUCCAGCCCCAUGCACCUCAGGCUUGGGCAGAAGGAAAAGCUGUGGACAGGCGAAUACAUAGAAGAGGAAGAGGAGGAGGAUGGGACAGGUGGGAUUGCACCAAUUGGUGAUGAAGAAGAGGUAAACAAUUUGUAUUCUGGUGAUCUGGGAGAUUUUGAAAGCAAAGGCUGGGAAAACAACGGAGAGGAUGAAGAGGGGGAGAUCGAAGAGGACCAAGAGAAAUUGGAGUGGGAGGAGCCAGAGUUUUUCUCCCAGUCCACUGAACACCAUGAGUCACAACAGGACCAACUUCAUGGACCACAACAGACGGCAGAAACAGUUGGUGAGGCCUCUAUCAAAAAUAUUGUUUACCAGGCUGAAGGAAGGAACUUGUUCCAGUCCUACUUCAGCAGAUACAGAGGUCUGAGAAGGCUCAGACGCUUGAGGCGCCUACGAUCCCACAGUCUUCCUGGGUUUCAACUCGCCCAACACUGGAAGAGCUGGCGCCAGAAGGCUCGAUGGAUGCUCCCAGUGGGGCAUCAUUGGAAACGAAGAGGGCAGAAGUACAAACUGUAUGGCAAGCAAAGAAAGACAAAAGUGUUUUUGUCGUCAUUUUACGAUGAUGAAGAUGAUGACAGCUACGAGGAGCAUUUCAAAGGAGCUUCCAGAGAUAAGCAGAAUGGCCCUUUUUCAGACAAGCACGACGAAAGAGGAAGACAAGACGUGGCUUUCAAACCAGUGGAAGCGGCCCUUAGUGAGGAGCAUACAAGUUGUGUGACUGGUAUUCUUGAAGAGUCUCUACAACAGUACGGCAGUUUGAUCCCCAUCCACGUUGAUGACAUUGUAGAGAAGCUGCAGGAGAUGUUCAACGAGAAAUUUUCAUAUCCACACAGGAAAACCAUGGUCCAACAUCUCAUCCAGUCUUUCCAGCGUUCAUCAGGAUCGGCCGUAGCCAAAACCUUCAGAGUCAACUACAAGCGCCAUGUUUUGACCAUGGAUGACCUGGGCACUUUGUAUGGACAGAACUGGCUUAAUGACCAGGUAAUGAACAUGUAUGGAGACCUGGUCAUGGAUUAUGUUCCUGAUAAAGUCCACUUUUUUAACAGCUUCUUUUAUGAUAAGCUAAGAACAAAAGGAUAUGAAGGAGUUAAACGGUGGACAAAAAAUGUUGAAAUUUUUCAGAAGGAUUUGUUGUUGAUUCCCAUUCACCUCGAGGUCCACUGGUCACUGGUCAGUGUGGACAUUUCUCGUAGAACCAUUACCUACUUUGACUCUCAGCGGACCCUCAACAGGCGCUGUCCAAAGCAUAUUUUCAAGUAUCUUCAAGCUGAAGCCAUCAAAAAGGAUAAACAAGACUUUUUGACUGGGUGGAAAGGCCUUUUUAAAAUGUACUGUAAGUGCCUGGCAUUAGGGCAGCCAUUCAGCUUUGGGCAGCAGGACAUGCCCAGACUCAGGAGGCAAAUGUACAAAGAACUGUGCCACUGCAAGCUCAUCCUGUGACCCAGCACCCCUACUUCACCCUCAUUUUAACUACACGGAUAAAAUAAUGAGGGGGG